CCCCUUCUUUCGCCGGGUUGUAUUCGUCACGCACGAGCGUGUAGAUUUCCUUUCGCCAAGCAAAUAUGGUGGCUGGCUCGUACGCGACGAGAAGACGUCAGCAUUCCAGGAAAAAUGGCUUCCACAAGGGAUCAAACGGGUUCACGAGCCAAGAGAAAAACUACGCUGCUGAAAUGCUGGAUGAGUUUGAGGAGACACCUCUUUAUUGCGCCGUGAUGACCUACAUGUCUUACUUCUUUCUGAUAAUUUUCGGCUAUAUGCGUGACUUCAUGCGUAAAUAUGGCUUAGAAAAAUCCAAGGCAGUCAAAGAAACAGGCAAUAAGGGCUUCGUACCACUCUACUCUGACUUUGAAAGUUUCUACACGAGAAAUCUUUACACUCGUGUAAGAGACUGUUUUAACAGACCUAUCUGUAGCGUACCUGGUGGAGAGAUCGAUCUAGUGGACAGGCAAUCACAUGACUGGAACUGGACCUUUAGCUAUCCAGGAACGACUACAAAGACUGUGAAUCUUGCUUCGUACAACUACCUUGGGUUCGCUGAGAAUUCUGGACCAUGCGCAGAAUCCGCUGAACAGGCGGUCCGCGAGUACGGCAUCGCAGGGUGCAGCUCAAGACACGAAUAUGGUACCCUUGCCAUUCACGACGAACUAGAAGCCCUUGUCGCUAGGUUUGUUGGUAAACCUGCUGCUAUGGUGUUUGGUAUGGGGUUCGCCACCAACUCUGCAAAUAUCCCCACCCUGGUAGGCAAGGGAGACUUGAUUAUUAGCGACGAACUCAACCACACAUCACUGGUGUUGGGAGCAAGAUUGUCAGGAGCAAAGAUUAAAGUAUUCAAACACAAUGAUAUGAAGAGUUUGGAGAACAUACUACGAGAAUCCGUUGUGCAGGGACAGCCGAGGACACACAGAGCGUGGAAGAAGAUCCUCAUUAUUGUUGAAGGUGUUUAUAGUAUGGAGGGCUCUUUAGCGAAGCUCCCAGAGAUUGUGGCCCUUAAAAAGAAGUACAAAGCAUACAUAUACCUAGAUGAGGCCCACAGUAUUGGUGCCAUGGGUCCCAACGGAAGGGGCGUUACAGACUACUUUGGUGUGGACCCUGCUGAUAUCGACAUCAUGAUGGGGACAUUUACCAAGAGCUUUGGAGCAGCAGGGGGAUACAUUGCUGCGUCAGAGGAAAUAAUAAACCAUAUCCGAGGUACUUCGCACAGUGCAGCGUACGCCUCCUUCAUGUCACCCCCAGUGGUCAUGCAAAUACUGUCAUCCAUGAAAAUAAUUAUGGGCGAGGACGGCACAAACAAAGGAAAGCAGAGGCUGUGCACUUUAGCACGAAAUUGCAAGUACUUCAGACAAAGGCUUAAAAAGAUGGGAUUUAUUGUGUACGGUCAUGAUGCUUCGGCAGUGGUACCAAUUCUUCUCUACAUGCCGGCAAAAACUGUAGCCUUUUCUCGUGAAAUGUUGAAAAGAAGCGUAGCUGUAGUCAUCGCGGGGUUUCCGGCCACUUCACUGAUUGAGGCGAGAGCAAGAAUUUGUCUUUCAGCCUCACACACCAGGGAAAUGCUGGAUAAGGCUCUGGAAGCAAUCGACGAAGUGGGCGACCUCCUAAAAGUCAAGUAUUCACGAAGAAAGAUAGAUGCAAGGGAAUGAAAGCAGCGACAACUCUCUAAAGAACGAACUAUCAAUCUGGAAAGAUUGCCUGUUCUUCCAGAUUAAAAAAAAAAACAAUAUUACUGUGAUUCUAAGUUCUUGCACGAAAUGGCUUGGUGUAACGAACCCCUACAGCAUCGUUACAUUGUGAAACUUAAUAUUUUUCACCUCAAAGAAGCAAGAUGGGAGAUAUUCAUUUGAACUUACCUAACAUUUCGCAGCAUUAGGCAAGAGAGGAUGAAGGAUGAGAAAGUUAAUCCACCAUAUAAGCCUUGUCCGAAAGGUAAUCCCUCUUAAGUUAUUUUUAGACAUGGUACCCAGCUCUUCCGUGGAUAAUCUUACCAUGCGCGUUGCAUGGAUGUUUUCGUGGAGGAUGAAAAUGCGUGUAAGGCCACUUGAGCUGUUCACGUGACCAGAGUCCGCGUUACAAGAUUGGCUGUUUCUGGACUCUCCUGGGUUUCCGAAACCGGACAAGGUCUAAAAAUACCUUGAGAAGGAUGACCAUGCGAAUAAAGCGUAUAGGAGGGCUAACUCUGUCACUCUUCAUGAUCUCUUGCGUUAGGCUAGCAAUUGCAGUGAUUACUCUUGAGGAUACCUUGUUAGGGAAAGUAUAACGGCUUUUAAUACUGCAAUGCGGCAAUUUUAAGUAGUUAAGGAGAUAAUUUACCGGACUCCAAGGUGUAAAGGUAUGUACAAUAUAUAUCUAUAGAGCCUGGGAUGUUAAGUCAAUACGGGCCUUGAGGGGUGUUAACGGAGAAAGUCUAAAAAGAUAGGGUUUGUAAUUUCAAGUUGCAGUAAAAAAAAAAAAAAAUUUCUGUACUUUUCGGCUGGUUCUGAAGCAUUUUGGUUAAGAGAUGUUAAAAUUAUUCUUGAUGUUGAGGAGACAUCAAUUUUGGCAUACACAGUAACGGUGUGAUGUAACAAAAGUUAUUAUUAAGUUCUGGAAGAAAUCAACCAGUCGAAAUUUUCGCGAAACUCAAUUUCGCAAUUUUGGAAGGUCAAUAUUUGGAGGCAUUUAAUUUAUUGCGAUUUUGGAUAAUUCGUUGAAUAUAAGUAAGCCACGAUCUUUUUUCGGCAUCAAAUUUUCGCGAUUUCGAGAACUACGCAGAAACCUCAAAAUUAGACGCUGCAAAAAUCGCGAGAAUGAGCUUGAUAUAUUUAAUUGAUAGCUUCAAUUGUGAUGUUGUUUAAGGCUGUAACUUCGUAAAAACACAGUAAAAGAAAGCAAUAAAAACA